AUGGCGUCCGUUCUAAGGAUAGCAUAUUCGAUUUGUUUAUUACUUUAUCUACCAAAGAUUGAAGCUCAAGGACUAUGUGAGGUGGAAAAGGGGGCAUCUAAUAUAAUUCUAGAUAUAGAAGAAAGUAGAGGAACAUCUGUUAGUCAAGAAACCGUUCCUGCACAGUUACCAAUAACAGGAGAACCAAAUGUAGACAUAUUCCUGGAUUUGUCUUUCCCAAAAGGAAUACCGAUGUUUUUCCUUAACGGAAAAAAACUGCAAUUACUAUCUCCUUUAGACAGAGAUGAGAAUAAUCUUUCACAUAUUGUGUUCCAGCUAAUAUGUACAGUUAAAUCUACCCACAAAAAGAGGACUAUCCCUGUAAUUGUAAGACUGACUGAUAUUAAUGAUAAUGCACCUCAGUUUAUUAACACGCCAUAUGAAACCAGCAUUUCAGAGCUGACACCUGUAGGAACAACGAUUUUUCAGAACAUCGUAGCUAAAGACAAAGAUACGGGGAGUCAACGGACUUAUAGAGUACUCUAUAGUUAAAGCCGAUUACAUACCGCCCGAUGAUGGAAUCGGUAAAGGGCGUAUUCAUAGUGAAGAUGGGUAUGGGUAUUUCGCCAUCAACUUGCCACACCAAGGUCAGGUUUACUGUGAACAGGACUUUGGAUUUUGAAAAGACUCAACGGUAUUAUGUCACAAUUGUAGCCACCGACCGAGCUCGUGAUCCUUCCCAAAGACUCUCUGCUACGACCACGUUAACAGUGAAUAUCAAAGACGACGAUGAUCUUCCACCAUCAUUUAUUUACAAAAACUGCAUGCUUCUUGAUGGUACUUGCAUCAAUCCUGAAUAUACAGCCUCAGUAUCCAGCGGAAUACUUCAAGGAGUACUUAAUAUUUCACCAGAGAAGAUUCAAGCGGUGGAUAUGGAUACAAUCAAUUCUCCAAUUCAAUACUCAUUCGUCAGCGGUGUACCAGAAACCUAUAGCAACUAUUUUCGAAUUGAUUCAGAAACUGGACAAGUUCAUCAAAUUAAACCAGUGGAUACAUCGACGACAAAGAAGUUUAGCAUUAUAAUUAAGGCUCAAGAAGUUUCCGAAGCGAAACGAUCAACGACUGCCAAAUUGUUUGUGACUGUCAAACCCGUAGAUGCUCAUCCUCCAGAAAUUGUAUUAUCGUCUGUGGAAGGUUUCGUCAAAGAAAAUUCUCCCAUUGGAAAAAAGGUAUUAGAUGGCGGAGGAAAACCGAUACUGGUUAGCGUUCAAGACAAAGAUUUUGGGCCAGACGAUCCUAAACCCAGCUAUACUUUUGAACUAACGACACCUUAUUUCGCCAUCGAUAAAGAAAACCAUCUGGUAGUGAACGAAAAUAACCUCGACAGGGAUCCUCCAAAUCCCGGAAAAUUCAAGUUUCAAAUAGUAGCAAGAGAAAAGCAAGGUAUUGCUGCCAGCGCUCCUAUGUCAGUGACAGUUCAUCUACUUGAUGUGAACGAUAAUCCUCCAGUACUACCUAUAAUUCCACCAGUUUCGGUACCUGCGGGAGAUGUAAAAAGAAUAGUUACAAUGAUUCAAGCUACAGAUAACGAUGAGGGAGAGAAUGCAGCCAUUAGAUACUCGAUAUAUCACGUCUCCAAUAACGGUAACAACAAAUUUACGAUAAAUCCCAUAACUGGUCUUAUAGAAACGGUUGGAAAGCUAAACGCUGGCGAGCAGUACAGUCUGACUGUUCAAGCAACAGAUUCAGGUGGACUAUACAGUCAAGCUAUUGUCGAAGUUACUAUCAGUCCUGGUCCGAAUACCCAAGCUCCCGUUUUUGAGCAAUCUGUCUACGACAUCGAAGUUAGUGAGGGAGCUACAAUUAAUUCCACUAUUGCUACGCUUUUGGCUGUGGACCCGGAAGGCGAUCCAGUGACAUACUCAAUAGUUUCUGGGAACGAUUUAAGACAGUUUGCUAUAGGUGCUAAAAGUGGUGUUAUAACAAUUAUUAGACAGUUAGAUCGAGAAGAUUUAAACACGUAUCAACUGGUUAUAAAAGCUGAAGACGCUGGAAAAUUAGCAAGCACUGUACGUGUUAACAUCAAAGUAACAGAUAUCAACGACAAAAAUCCGGAAUUCGUCGGAGAUCCUUACCAUUUUAAAGUCAAAGAAGGUUUAAAUAAAACAACUGUCGGUUUUGUGAAAGCUACAGAUGCAGAUGAAGGUGUUAACGCUAAAGUCACCUAUUUCAUUCCCUCCGAUUUGCCCUUCGACAUAGAUAGUAAUAGUGGAGAGAUCACUACUAACACACCUUUGGAUUAUGAAAAACAAAAGGAUUACCAAUUUGUAGUAACUGCUAAAGACGGUGCCACAGAUCCCAGAAUUGCAACUGCCACAGUUUUCUGUGGAAGUACUUGAUGUUGAAGAUGAAGUUCCAAUUUUUGAAGUUCCUGUUUACGAAGCUACUGUUCCCGAAAAUAUGCCAGACUAUUAUGUUACAACGGUUAAGGAUCGAAACGAUAUUCCUCCCGUAUUCACAAUAAUCCCACAUCCCAUAACGUUAGAAGACGAUGUCCCAAUUGGUACAGUUGUUACUACUCUUGUAGCUACUGAUUCUGACGGAACUGCUCCUGGAAAUAAGGUUAGAUACGAAAUAGUUGGAAGAGGAAAAGCGGCAAAGUACUUCCAAAUUGACCCUGACACAGGUGUAUUAAAAGUAACCAAUGAUUUGAAAAAAGAAAUUGACACAGAGUAUCAGGUUGACGUAAGGGCUUUUGACUUGGGCGAUCCUCAAUUAUCAUCAGUUAUUACGGUUUGACGUUUAUAUUCAACAUGUAGCCACAGUGGCGCCGGAAGUGGGUCUCAGAUUUGCUGAUUCUUCGUACAGUUUGCAAGUUCCUGAGAAUGCUACAGUUGGAUAUAAAAUAAAAACUCUUACUAUCGUUAAUAGUAAAACGCAUGGAGCAAACAUACCCCUCAAGUGUCAAAUUAUUUCUGGAAAUAAGGAAGGUAAUCUAUAAUUUUCUUAUUUUGUAUUUUACUUAAUUCUGAUAAGAUUUUAUAUAAAUCAAUGAUACUCUCGACUACGAAACUCAAGAAACCUAUCAUUUUGAAGUAGAAAUAAUGUCUCUAAAGGGCUUCAUCAAUAAGGAAUUCGCCAUUGCCCAGAUCACCGUCAAUGUCAUCGACGUCAAUGACAACAAACCAUUUUUCAUUUACACUUCACCAGAACUAGAAAAAUACUACGCUGCGAUUCCAUAUACCUCUCCGAUAGCUUCUACUGUCACGCAAAUAAAGGCAGAUGACAAGGAUAGUGGAAAAUUCGGGAAGAUUAAGUACUCUCUGUCGGGAAAUUUUAGUGAUGAGCUGAUUUAGUAUAGACUCUUCCAGUGGACUAGUACAAACUAAGAAGUCAUUUGAGAAUUUUGACGAUUCUUUGUUGCCCAUCAGAGUUGAAGUAAUUGCCAGAGACAAUCCAAACUCGACCACAGACUUCUUCGAAAUAAGAACUUCCUUAAUAGUGAAUCUUAUUCACCAACGAACAGGAUGAUUUUGGUGAUAGGCGAUGCUACACCUGACGUAGUGCAAAACAAAAAAGAUGACAUCAUAAGAAUUUUACAAGAGCAAACGGGGCUGAUAAUUGAGUCGAAAAACUGGUAUCUAGGGAAUACGUAGGAGGGAAUAAUACUUUGGAGACUGAUUCUACGGCUACCGAUGUCUGGUUUUAUGCUGUAGAUCCUGAGACUGAUACUAUAUUGGAUAGAAAUAGUUCUAUAGUUAAGAGGGCCAUUUACGAGAAAUCUGCUAUGGCGAAUAUAACACUCGACAUAACCAGUCAAAUUAAGCAAACGGCUGUCAGCAUCCACGAACCACUAGCAAUCCAAAAACCAAAAACUACCGUAAUGGCUUCUUUCAACACAGAUAUUUUUCCAUACGCUUUAAUUGUAAUUGCCUGCAUCAUAGGUAUCUUAGGGUUUAUAGGAAUCAUUUAUAUCUGUGUGUCUUGGUCAAGGUAUAAAUCUUACAAGGAGCAAGUCCAACGGCAAUACACAGUGCCUUCUAGUCCGACACGAUAUGACACUGUCUACGUAGAACCAAAUCUAAAGGAAUACGAGACUCAAGUUCUACAGAUGUGCGUGCCUGUAGACGAUCAGGAAGAUUACAACGAUCUACAUUUAGAUUUUAGUAAUAAGAACCAUACGUUUAAUUUAGACAACGUCAGUUAUAUAAGCAAAGAUAAUAAUCUUAAAAAAUAUGGCCAACAAAGUCCUGCCAGCAGCGAAUCUGCUACAACUGCUAGAGCAUCUAGUGUAGGAGAUCAUGUUUUAUCAAAAAAUCUCGAUCAUUCUUCAAGGAAUGAUCAUAUGUAUAGAUCUUCCGAUGAAGACGAAAUGAAUGCCAGUCCAACGAAUGAUAAUGUGAUGUUUAAAGAAAAGAAAGACUAUUUGAAUCUAGGAUUCACCUAUGACCACUCACCUGUAGAAACAACGACGGAACUGUAG